AUGUAUGAUGGGCAACGUUGCCGGGACGUCACACGUCUGUGGGUGUACUUACAAAGCAGACGUUCCACGGUCACACGUCUCCUACACACAUCACACACAAGGGCACUCGAGCCUAUUGGCCCCACACACAACACUGAGCUUGUUGCUCGGCUGAUCGUGCCGCACCGAAACCGCGCCAGCAGUCUCACUGACACACAAAAAUACGGUAGAACCACCGAAUUUCGGGCGCGCAAAUCCACGGGAAGGCUCAUGAGACCGGCGCGGUCCGGAGCGGCACCUGGCGCGGGCGGGGGGCGGCCCACGCACCGGCCUCGAUUCUCGUCCGCCCGCCGCGCGGUUAUCACUGCAAUAUGGCCGCUACUCACUUCCUCGGUGAAGUUCUUCGUUGAUUUCUACUCC